UGUUAAAAUAUAAUUUCCAUUGUUAAUUCAGAGAGACGUUAUAUUUGUAAAUGUGCAUAUGGAUCUCUAUGGUGGUGACAUACUUUUACCAUAUGUAAAAGUAUUUGGCAAAAUACAUAAAGGAUUUAAGCCUACCUUCAAUGAUGAUUCGAUACGAAUACCAAAUGUAAACGAAGUAAACUUCUCACAUGUUCCCAACAAGGAAUCUAUGCCAAUUUGUAAUUUGUUUUAUGACGGCAAAUGGCAGAAACCCGUAAAAAAUACGUAUUGGAAAUAUAAUAACAUGUUAUGGGCAAAUGCGACAAAAGAUGAUAUUAAGAUGUGUUUUAAUUCCGCUGUAGAAGGAUUCAAGAUUUGGAAAACUUGGUCAAUUACAAAUAGAAUAGACUUGUUAUCUCAAAUGAUAACAAUUCUAAAUUAUAAUAGUAAAUUUUCAAAAUACUCGUCAAAAUUGACCGCGAAUACUGUGUUUUCCAACUUCACUCGAGUAUGGUUACUUUGUUCUCAAAAUGAUAGAUUAGAAGUAAUCCAAAGUCGUAUUCCAAGAGGCGUUAUCAUUCUUAAGGAAAAAUCUGAAGAAAUUUUGCUUCUUCGAUUGAUACAAAUUUUAAUUUCCGGCAAUUCUGUUAUUGUAAUAGCUGAUAAACAUUCCUGUAGUUUGGCACCUUAUUGCGAUAUAUUUUCAACAUCUAAGAUACCAAGAGGCGUUAUAAAUUUCCUGUUUAAUCAAAACACAAAGGAUUUAGAAUUAAGUUUAUGUGCAACAGAUUACAUAAACUAUGAAAAACAGUUGUUCACAUCCAAUUUUGAAAAAAUGUAUAUAAAUCUUACAUUAUCCAAACAAAUUGUACUCUCUCUCAAAUAAUUUUAUUAACA